AUGGGUCAAAUCUUAUCUAAUCCAGUGAUUGACAAAGAACACCAUUCAGGUGAGGAUUUAUUGACUGCUUUUGGUACGUGUGCCAUGCAAGGGUGGAGAAUGUCCAUGGAGGAUUCUCAUAUUGUCGAGCCCAACGUUCUCAAUGAACAGGAAGAGGAUCAUAUUGCGGUGUAUUCUAUCUUUGACGGUCAUGGUGGAUCCAGUGUUGCACAAUUUGCAGGUAAGAAUAUGAUUCCAAUCUUAUUGAGGCAGAAUUCGUUCAAGAAUGAAAGGAAUCUUGCUCAAUGUCUUAUUGACGCUUAUUUGAGCAUGGAUGAAGAUAUGUUAAAGGAUAACAUUUUGAAGAAUGAUCAUAGUGGUUGUACCGCGACAAGUAUUUUAAUAUCAAAAUUACAGAAUUUACUUGUAUGUGCCAAUUCUGGUGAUUCAAGAACGGUCUUGGCGACAAAAGGUGUAGCCAAAGCAUUAUCAUACGAUCAUAAACCAACUUUAAUAAGUGAAAAAUCAAGAAUUAUGGCAGCAGAUGGAUUUGUUGAAAUGGAUCGUGUCAAUGGUAACUUAGCAUUAUCUAGAGCCAUUGGUGAUUUUGAAUUCAAAUCAAAUGAAGAUUUAGGGCCUCACGAACAAAUCGUUACUUGUGUCCCUGAUAUUGUUCAACGUCAAUUGAAUUAUGAUGACGAUGAGUUUGUAAUCUUGGCAUGUGAUGGUAUAUGGGAUUGUCUUUCGUCUCAAGAAUGUGUUGAUUUAAUCUAUUACGGUAUCAAUAAAGGUGGCAUGUCAUUGAAUGAUAUUGCAUCCAGAAUCAUUGAUGUUUGCUGUUCUCCAACAACGGAGGGAACAGGGAUUGGAUGUGACAAUAUGAGUAUUACUAUUGUUGCAUUAUUAAAAGAAAAUGAAAAUGUUGACCAAUGGUUUGAACGUAUAAGAUCAAAGAAAUAUGACCGUCCAAUUUCAUUUGAAUUGAAAAGAAGAGUAGUUUAUAGUUACUUUGAAUUUCCAUCAAAUGAUGAAGACAUAUUUGAAACAACUACGAAGAGACCUGAAGAAAGAUUCAGUCAGGACUCAUCAAAUGGGUAUGGUGAUGAAGAUGAAAAUAUGUACGUAGAAGAUACAGAUGCUGACGAUACUGAAGAUGGUGCAAAGAGGAAUAGAAGGGGAAAUAACAGUAAUAAUAUUAUAGAUGGGAUACCAUUAGAAGCAUUAUUAGGAGGAGGAAUUACGUUAUCCACGGGACCAAACAAUGAACAAUAUAUAUCUGGAAAUUUGAAUGAGAUGCUAGCAUCAUUUAGAAAAGGGGCGUAUCAACAGCAACACCGUGCGGAAGAGGAAGAAGAAGAAGAGGAAGAAGAAGAAGAAGAAGAAGAAGAAGAUAAGGAGUGA